GUUCAGCCAGCUCAUCUACACUGCUUACAUCAGAAGUACCAUGGCUGUCUAGCGCAAAUUGGGCUGUCGGUGCCUGACGCUUGUUUCGGUUGACCGGCUCAGACGCUGGUCAUGGCGACCAAGGGAGCUAUUUGGACCAUCGAGCCAUCCAUUCUAUAGCUACGUACAACUUGAACUUGAAGGCACCGGCCAGUCUACUCUGACUGAGGCCACCGACCAUGGCUACUGUAAACGAGGAGGGCUUCACGGCGGAGGAGCUGGUGCAGGCGUGCAACAAAGUGUUGCUGUUCGCCGGACUCAUCGCCCGUGUAUCGAACGUGGAAGAAGUGCGCGUGGUAUGCAGCAGCACGGGGGUGUUUGUUGCCGCGCUCGAGGGCUUCUUGCGCCAUCGACUAGACGAUAUCCUACGCAACCCCACCUCACCCGCGGAGCAGGCGUACAACAACACACGUGUGGUGGAGGUGCUGUCCCUGUUGUUGAGUUGCGACCUUUCGCACAUCUCUGGGGCGCGCAUCGUGGAAGGCAACCUGGAGGACAUUUCUAACACACUGGAGCUGCUGUCGGCGCUGUGCCAGGGAAAGCCGCUGCUGGAUCCCCCAGCUCCACAGCCGUCGCCAGCCCCUCAGCUCACGGCGGCGGGCGAGCAGGAGCGGAAAGCAGCGGAGGAGGAGGGUGAGCAGCAUCGGCAGAGCGGCAGCGCAGAAGAGGCAGGCGCGUCCGGCAGCAGUGAGGAACACGACGAGGAGGCAGCCGAGAGAUAUGAGGAGGACUUUGAGGAGGGUAGUGAGGAUGAAGAGGCGGAUGAGGAGCAUAGAGGAGCGGCUGAUGAGGAUCCAGACGAGCAGGAUGACAAUGGGCUGCAGGAGCAGGGACAUGACCAUGCCUUGCUGCAACAAGCAUAUGAGCAGCAACGACAGCACCAGCAGCAACACGGCCGCUCCUCUACCAACGCUGCCUCCACCUCUGCAGCGGAGGGGCCGGAAGUGCCGCGCAGGGGUAAGGCGAGCCGGCGAGCACGCGCGAUGCAGCGACUGGGCGGAAGGCGGCCGCCACUGAGCCCCAUUCUGGAGGUAUCUCGAGAGGGCUGGGAGCAUGCUUUUAACGGCCACGGCGAUGGAGAGGGAGAGGAGGUCUUGCAGCCUGCUUCGCGCGCCGGGUCCAGGGCCCGAAGCCGCGCAAGCUCCGUGCGCGCGGAGCUUGCAGCAGCCGUGGCGUCCACGACCGCUACUGGUGCACCAGCCGCGGGCGUGCCGUCUGGCGUCCGGCGAACCGGCAGCUCCCGUGGCAGCGGCGGCGGCGCCAGCAGCGUCAUUAGCAUCCCGUCUGUGCAUGGCAUUGGUGCCCCUGGCGCGGCCGGCAUCAUGGACUCGCCACUGCAGCCGGCCCGCUCCGAGCCUGGGCUGCAUCGCCAGGGUACGCAGGGCGACCGCUACGCCAUGCAAGCCGGCCGCCCGCCGUCAGCCGCGGUCGGAAGCGCGCCUUUCUACGACCAACACCCGGGGCAGCAUCCGGAGCUGGAGGCGGAGGACACGGCCACGCUGCUGGAGCGGGCGGUGGCGCAGGCGGAGCGCACUCUGCAGGACCUGGGCUACGCCUAUGAGGACUUCUACUACAGCGACGACCAGGACGACCUGGGGGACCGCAUGGGUGCGCUGGACCAGGCCAGCCGCCGGCGGGCAGCCGCCGCGCGCCUCCACGCCGGCGCCGCCGCCAGCGGCCGCAACAGCAGGGCCGCGCGCGACGUCGGCGCGCCCAUCAGCCGCCCGUUGCGCAAGGGCGCCUGGCCGGAUGGGCGCCAGGCCACGACGCAGCAGCACAACGACUUCCUGCGCCGGGCCAAGCGUGUGCUGGCAGGCGGCUCUGCCACAGCUAGCGAGGUGGCGUCGGCGCGGAGCGGGCCGCCGCGCUCCUCCUCCGCCGGUUCCGCCUCGGCCUCAGCCCGCAGCAGAAGCACCACAUCUAGUGGAUUGAGCGGCGGCGGGGGACGUGUGCCCAAAGGGCUGCUGCGGGCAGCACGGCAGGGCCCAGCGGAGCUGGCCCUCGUGUCGGCCAUUGGGCCGAAGCAACACGCCGGCAAGAAGGCAGCUGCUGCGGGGGGCAGCAGCACGAAGGCGAUGGCGGGUGGGGCAAGCACGACGGCGCGCGGCACCAGCCGCCGCGAGGACGCGUUUGUGGAGUUGCCUGGCAGUGUACUGCCGCCGGCGCCGGCAAAGCACGGCCGGCAGCUUCUGCAGCGCACUGCGGCGUCAUAUGAGGCAGUGCUGCCGGCGCCGGUGCUGCUGGCAGGCCGCCGGGAGCUUUUGCAGAGGCCAGGCGGUACCGGCGGCGGCCGCCAGGCCCGUGAUGACCUCGACAGUGGCGACCUGGAUGAUAGCUACUUCGAUGAUGAGAGCGUGGACGUGGACGACCUGCUGCGGGCGCGGCGGCGGUAUGGCGCCCAGCAGCAGGCGCUGCAGCAGGACGGCAGCGUGCGACCGGGCAUGCACCUCAACGCUGACCUCGCCAGCCGCCUCAAGUACCUGUACGACCUGGCUACGGAGAACCCCAAGCAGCAAGCUGCUCGCGCCGCCGUGCAGCAGGUGGCAGUUCGCGACGAGCUGGUGCGUCAUAUCCGGCGGCGGCAGCUGGUGGACAAGCUGGCGGGCGCCCGGGCCCGGCGUGAGGCGGCGCUGCGGCUCACCGCCAACAGGCUGCAUGAGCAACGGGUGGAGUACGAAAAGCGUGUGGAGCAGUUGCGGCUGCAGCGCCUUGCCGCCGAGUGGCACGACAAGCAGCGCAGUGCGGCGAUGCGCCGGGCUCUGGCCGCAGAGCUGGAGCUACGUGAGGCGUUCAUGGAGGUGCUGGGCCAGGAGAAGGAGCGGCUGCUGGUGGAGCGGCGGGACACGGGCCGGGGUGCAGCCUUCCCACACUACAAGAAGGCCAUGCGCAAGGCUGAGGACCAGUACCUGGCGCUGUACCACACGCUGGAGAACCUUCUGGCCUCGGAGCGCCAGCAGCGCCUGCGGGCGGCACGCGAGACCAUGGCGGCGCAGCAGGAGAGCAACGCGCUGGCGGCGGAAAUGGUGCACGACCGCGUGGCGGAGCUGCUGGCGCGCGUGAGCGCGGAGGAGGAGGCCAUCCUGGCGCGGCACAGCGUGGGCAGCAGGCCGGAGAAGAAGGCGGAGCUGGUGGGGCAGAUCCGGCGGCUGCUGGGACUGACAUGAGCUGGGCGGCCGUGAUGGAACAUGGCAAGGGGCAGGAAAGCGUAGUCCCGAUGUGUGUGGCUCCCACCCGUGCCCACAUAAAUGCGUAGCAAGAAGGGACAAGGCAUUGGUGCGUCGUUCGCGCGCUGUUACUGUACCGACGGUAGCUGGCAGGUUGUGUCGAUGUUGUGCUGACGCGCAUGAGACAUGAGCUGGGCGGCCGGUUGGUGGGGGCGGGUGCGCAGCCGUGCAGCCGUGUUGGUGGUGAGCAGGGGUCAUAGACGCUGGCCAGGGUGCACUGUGAAAGAGGUGCUGUAUGUGGCCGACGGAGGUGAUGGAUUCGCUGUACGACUGUUUCGAGACCAUCAGCUCCGAUGCCCCCCCCCACACACACACAUGACAGCGAGGCGGUGAAGCUCUACCACCGAGUA